GCCGGAUGCGGGCGUCGCCGCGGCCGCCGCGGCCCUGGGGAUGGGCGGAGCCCCGGCCGCCAGAGCUGGUGGCCGCCGCCGCUGCCGAGCCCGAGCGGCCGCCUCUGCUCCCGCGCGGCGCUGCUUCCUAGGGCGGCGGUAUGCUGGGGAAAGGGGUCGUCGGCGGGGGCGGCGGCACCAAGGCGCCCAAGCCCUCGUUCGUGUCGUACGUGCGCCCGGAGGAAAUUCAUGCAAACGAGAAGGAAGUAACAGAGAAGGAAGUAACUCUUCACUUGUUGCCAGGUGAACAGCUGCUUUGUGAAGCCAGUACAGUGCUGAAGUAUGUCCAGGAGGAUUCCUGUCAGCGUGGGAUCUAUGGGAAACUUGUGUGCACAGACUUCAAGAUUGCCUUCUUGGGCGAUGAUGAAUCUGCGUUGGAUAAUGAUGAGGCCCAAUUUAAGAAUAAGGUUAUAGGAGAAAAUGACAUCACACUCCACUGCGUUGAUCAGAUUUAUGGAGUGUUUGAUGAGAAAAAGAAACCUCUUUUUGGACAAUUGAAGAAAUACCCUGAAAAACUCAUCAUCCACUGCAAAGACCUUCGAGUGUUCCACUUUGGUCUGAGGUACACAAAAGAAGAGGAAGUCAAAAGGAUUGUCAGUGGCAUAAUUCAUCAUACCCAAGCUCCUAAACUGCUUAAAAGAUUAUUUCUGUUUUCCUAUGCAGCUGCUGCACAAAACAAUACAGCCACUGAUCCCAAGAACCAUACUGUAAUGUUUGACACCCUUAAGGACUGGUGUUGGGAAUUGGAGCGGACCAAAGGCAACGUCAAGUACAAAGCAGUGAGUGUCAAUGAAGGCUAUAAAGUCUGUGUAAGAUUGCCAGCAUACUUUGUUGUCCCUAUUUCUCUUCCUGAAGAGGACGUGCUACGCUUUCAGGGUCACGGCAUACCAAUAUGGUGCUGGUCCUGCCACAAUGGAUGUGCCCUUUUGAAAAUGUCAGCACUGCCCAAAGAACAGGAUGAUGGCAGUUUACAAAUCCAAAAGAGCUUCUUGGAUGGAAUUUACAAGACCAUCCACAGGCCACCCUAUGAAAUUGUUAAAACUGAAGACCUGUCAACCAACUUCCUGUCCUUGCAGGACAUCCAGACUGCAUACUCUAAAUUUAAACAGCUGUUUCUGAUAGAUAAUAGUACGGAAUUUUGGGACACAGAUAUAAAAUGGUUUUCUCUGUUGGAAAAUAGCAGUUGGCUUGAUAUAAUCAGACGUUGCCUGAAAAAAGCAAUAGAGAUUGCAGAAUGUCUAGAAGCACAAAACAUGAACGUUCUUCUUUUAGAGGAGAAUGCUUCAGACCUCUGCUGCCUCAUUUCCUCUCUGGUACAAGUGAUGAUGGACCCCCACUGCAGAACCAGGGUUGGUUUCCAGAGCCUUGUCCAGAAGGAGUGGAUCAUGGGCGGCCACUGUUUCCUGGAUCGCUGCAACCACCUCCGUCAAAGUGACAAAGAGGAGGUUCCCGUGUUCCUGCUGUUCUUAGAUUGUGUGUGGCAGCUGGUGCACCAGCAUCCCCCAGCAUUUGAUUUCACGGAGACUUACUUGACUGUUUUGUCAGAUAGUCUAUACUUACCUAUUUUUAGCACCUUCUUCUUCAAUUCGCCUCAUCAAAAAGAUAUUAACAUGGGUAGGGAACACCAGGAUACACAGAGCAAGCCUUUGAAUCUGCUCACCGUGUGGGAUUGGUCUGUACAGUUUGAACCCAAAGCCCAGAUGUUGCUCAAAAACCCUCUUUAUGUGGAAAAGCCAAAACUGGACAAAGGCCAACGGAAAGGAAUGCGUUUCAAAGGUCCUCAGGGCCAGGGUGGAUGUUUCCCUUCCCAGUUUAGUCUCUUGCCUGCCAGCUGGACCAGAACUGUCCUGAGCCCCAGAACAGCUUGGCCUGAGCAUCAACGACAACUGUCUCUACCACUCACUCAAUCUAAAUCAUCUCCCAAAAGAGGAUUUUUCAGGGAAGAAACAGAUCAUUUAAUUAAAAACCUUCUGGGCAAGAGAAUUAGCAAAUUAAUUAAUUCUUCUGAUGAGCUGCAAGACAAUUUUCGAGAGUUCUAUGACAGCUGGCACAGCAAGCCCACCGACUACCACGGACUGCUGCUGCCUCACAUCGAGGGGCCAGAAAUCAAAGUCUGGGCCCAGCGCUACCUGCGUUGGAUUCCGGAAGCCCAAAUCCUGGGUGGUGGUAGAGUGGCCACCAUGAGCAAACUCUUGGAAAUGAUGGAGGAGGUAGAGCGCUUACAAGAGAAGAUCGAGGAGAGACACCACAGCCAGGGGGCCCUCCCGGCAGAGGGCCCCUCGUUGCUGAGGAGCUCGGCCCGCUUGUCCUCUUUGUUUCCUUUCGCUCUGCUGCAGCGACACUCCUCAAAACCGGUCCUUCCCACCAGUGGCUGGAAAGCUCUGGGUGAUGAAGAUGAUCUGGCCAAACGAGAAGAUGAAUUUGUGGAUCUAGGAGACGUGUGAUUGUCCACUUAGUGGUCAUGAAGGAGGGACGUUGAGGGUUGGGACAGGCAUCGAACCCCUUUGCUCUCUGGAUGAGUGGGUCACACUGCAGCUUACCACUGCAGCAGGCAGGGAGGCAUUUGUCCAGGGCUCUGGAGCAGGAAACCCGGAGCUUCAGGAAAAGAGCUGGUUCUCAUGUUUUUAUGCUCCUGAAAGACUAUGCAAUUAAAACCGGAUCUCUAGUAUUAUUAAUUGAAAGGAAUUAUUACUUGACCCAUAAUCGAACUGUGGCCAUUGUCUGAUGCAUAUUAUACAGAACCGGCGGUGGCUGGUUUACUACUAGAAAGGGCUUUGGUCUCACAUUCUUGGACUCAAUAUUUUCUUCAGAUCUUUUCUGUGCCAAGAUAAUUUAUCCAGUCAUUGGGAACAGUGUGUAUCUUGCUACCCAUCUUACUUCGGAGCAAGUUCAGCUUUAUCUGAUGUGUGUAUGGCAAAUUGAAAGACUCAAGUAGAGAUAUUCAGAUGUAUGGCAUUCAUUUAAACCCUAGCAUUUUUCCUUUCUCUAUCCUCUUGCCGGAGAAAAGCUGGGGAAAUUCCACUCAUGUUACCCAUCCUGACAUUUCCAGCCGUCCCUCCCCCUGAAUAGACUGUGUCACUUUGUGUGGGGCUGGUGAGCUAGCCAACCAACCACGCUGCCCUUUCUGUGUGCCGACAGCUCCAGGUCUCCCUCUGCCCACUCCGGACCCCUCGCUGCCGUCCCCCCAUGCUCCCUGCCAUGGUGUGCGGAGUCCCAGGAUCUUGCUGCUAAAUCUGUUGGUGAAACUGGGGGAAUCCCUUUGCCCGAAGGAGCUUCCAUUCUUCUGGAACUUCUUUAAUGUUUGAAAGUGCUUUGCCUUUUUCUAACAGUGUGCCGAGGCUUGGGGACAUUUGUGACGGCAGCCCUCUGCAUCAACCCUCACGCGGUCUCCCCGAAUCUCUAACCGCACAUACGUGAGCAGGAUCACUUCAGAACGUGGCUUUCAGAGGGAAGCCAUUAAGCAGAAAUAUCAGAAGUGAUGGUUCUCCUUAGUACCUCAAUGAUUUAAAAGCCAUAGAAGAAACUUGACUAUGCCUGGUCACCUUGGAUCUGCUGUCUAAAUGGUAUAUAUAUAUUUUUAAAUGCAGGAAAGUACACUUUUAAGGACGAGUUGUUUUUUUCUCUCAGUGGAACCCUUGUUAAAUCCCACAAAAGGAAAGGGGGAAGCUAAUGUUGGAAUGUCUCAAAUUGAAUGUUUGCCUUUUAUAUACAUUUGCUCUCCAGUAUAGAUCCCAAUUUGAAUGUUACAUGUUUAGAAAAAGUUCAGUUGCUUGAGGGCAAUAAGAAAUUUUCAAACUAUUGACAAAGAAAUUUCUCAGUUUGCACUGAAUCGUCUUUUUGUAUGUAGAAGAAAUUGCUUUACUCUUCUCCCCAUUUGUGUUGACACAUGAGCCAGGUUGGUCUAUUAAAAUGACAGAGGUUGAGGAGAGGGCAGGACUCGGGCAUUGGGGGCCAAACACAUGUCCGGUCUUGUUGCCUUAAGCGUCUCACUAGUGAGUUCAGUGUUAGGCUUGCAGUAGGGAUUUUUAAAAUACAUUAGUUCAUUAGCUACCUUAACAUGCGCUCUGUGGGCCUUCCUAAACUAGCACUAGCCUCCACUUCUCUGCCCCACUGCCUCCCUGAUACACUAUGGAGCUAACUAUUUUUGUUACCAUAUUAUAACGUGAAUAUUUAUACAGUAGCCUCUUCAAUCUUAGAACCUUAGCAGUUUUCAUUCCAAAAAUGCCCGGUGUGAUGCUUUACACUCCACAAAGUAUGGUUCAAAGGCACAAGGUCAUGGCCCUUGUCAUAGCAGUUGAAUGUGCAUUGAAAUAUUUUUCUAUGAUUUUUUUUUUAAUUACAAUAGAAAAAUAAGCUGUUGUAACAUGUGAGGUCAUGACAAUUUAUGUAUUUAUAUUUGAAAUCAGAUUUCUAUAAACUUGUAUUUGUGUACAGAAUUCUCAGUGGGUUUAUAUAUUGUGACAUUUAUAUUCAAGAUUGAGAUAUGGAUUAUGCUUAACAGUAAAAGCUGAAAUGAGACCUUUACUUUGUUUAAAAUGCUGCACUGUGCAAGUUUGGAAAUGUACAUUAAUUUACUGUAUAUAAUAUCUUGAGUUUGUUUAUACCUCCAAGUUUUUACACUGAAGAUGAAUUAGCUUUAAAAACAUUCAAAACCUUUUUUUUUUUUUUAAGGGAAUAAGCUGUUGGGCUUUAUCUGUAUAAAUGUGCUUUUUAUUUUCCAAUGUACAAUGAAAGUUUAUACUUAUAUUUCACUGCAUCAUAUCUGAUUGCAGAAAUUAAAGCACAAUUUACAAGCAA